AUGUCUGCGACCCAGCUCCUCAACCCAAAGGCUGAAAGUCGGCGGCGCGGUGAAGCGCUCCGAAUCAACAUAAAUGCUGGCGAAGGCCUUCAGGAUGUUCUCAAGUCCAACCUGGGUCCUUCGGGCACCAUAAAAAUGCUUGUAGAUGGUUCUGGACAGAUCAAACUCACCAAGGACGGGGCAGUGUUGCUGAAAGAGAUGUCUAUCCAAAACCCCACCGCUACUUUGAUUGCAAGAGCUGCCACCGCGCAGGACGAGAUCACCGGCGACGGAACCACCUCAAUCAUUUUGUUGAUCGGAGAGCUUCUGAAACAAGCUGACAGAUAUAUUCAAGAAGGACUGCACCCUAGAGUGAUUGUUGAUGGAUUUGAGAUCGCAAAGGCAGAGACUUUGAAGUUUCUGGACACGUUCAAAAUACAGAGGGAGGUGGAUCGAGACCUUCUCCUGUCUGUUGCAAGAACAUCCCUGUCCACCAAGAUCAACAAGGCUCUAGCCGACCAACUUACGCCCUCCAUAGUCGAUGCAGUCCUGGCCAUCCAUAGACCUCCAACCAAACCGGAUCUCCACAUGAUUGAAAUCAUGAAACUACAACACAAAAUGGGCACUGACACUCAGCUGAUCCGUGGCUUGGCAUUGGACCAUGGCGCACGACAUCCAGACAUGCCAAAGCGAGUCGAGAACGCACAUAUCCUCACCCUCAAUGUCUCCCUGGAGUAUGAAAAGUCCGAAAUCAACUCCGGCUUCUUCUACAACAGCGCUGAACAGCGCGACAAGCUGGUAGCCUCUGAGAGACGAUUCGUUGACGAAAAGCUGAAGAAGAUCAUCGCCCUAAAGAAUGAAGUCUGCGGCUCAGAUCCCAAGAAGGGGUUUGUGGUCAUCAACCAGAAGGGUAUCGACCCUCUUUCGCUUGACGUCCUGGUCAAGAAUGGCAUUCUUGCCCUCCGUCGUGCGAAACGACGUAACAUGGAACGGCUGCAGCUCGUGUGUGGAGGUCAAGCCCAGAACAGCGUCGAUGACCUGGACGCAUCCGUGCUAGGCUGGGCAGGUCUUGUCUACGAACAAACUCUGGGUGAGGAAAAGUACACGUUUGUCGAAGAAGUUAAGGAUCCCAAAUCGGUGACGAUUCUGAUCAAGGGACCCAAUCAACACACCAUCGCCCAGAUCACCGAUGCAGUGCGAGAUGGCCUGCGCAGUGUCUACAACACGAUUGUUGACGGCUGCGUAGUACCGGGAGCCGGGUCCUUCCAGAUUGCAGCGGCGACCCACCUCUCCUCGGAAGCCGUGAGAAAAUCCGUCAAAGGUAAAGCCAAAUGGGGCGUUGCAGCGUUUGCUGACGCUCUUCUCAUCAUUCCGAAGACUUUGGCUGCCAAUAGUGGACACGAUAUUCAAGACGCCCUUGCCGCGCUGCAGGAUGAGCAUGUCGAAGGAAAUGCUGUAGGCUUGGAUCUUGUCACAGGAGAACCUAUGGAUCCAGUGCAAGAGGGUGUCUAUGACAGUUUCCGAGUGCUGCGGAACAGUAUCGCCAGUAGCCAAGGGAUUGCUAGCAAUUUGCUCUUGUGUGACGAGUUAUUGAAGGCUCGACAGAUGAGCCGGCAAUCGGGACCGGGAGGCAUGGAACAAGAAUAG